UGAAGCAGCCUGAAGUUUGAAUCGAGCAGAAUCCACCGCCUGCUUCUUGACAGAUUGCGUCAUCAGUGUUUUUCUGAUCCUCUUCACUUCUUCCACUCAUCGACUCUGCAGUUUGUAGAAAAGCAGUCUACUCUGUAUGUUUACAGGUAUUUUCCUCAGAGUGAUGUUGACAGGAGACGCAGCAGAAGUGGUUUAUUAUUGAGCAGUUCUCACACCGCUGAAGUUUCACCUGGGACACUUCACUUCCUCAUCAGGGCUUCAUGUGUCUCUGCUCCUCGGUGUCACAGUUGCCGAUCUCGUCAAUGGGAAUUAUUCUGCUGCAGCUGCUUAGAUGAAAACAUACGAUCCCCUGUUGCUGCCUUGAAUCUGCAGACAGGUACGUGUGUGUUUACCAGCUCUAAUGGUAGCAGCUAGACAACGUCACCUGUGAGAGGAUCCAACCCCCUCAUCAUGUCAGAGGUCCAGACUCCUUGGCCACCGGGCACCGAGUGUGUGGCCAGGUACAGCUUUAAAGGCACAUCAGAGCAGGACCUGCCCUUUAACAAAGGAGACUUGUUGAGCAUCAUUGUCGUCACAAAGGAUUCAAACUGGUACAAAGCUAAAAACUCAGCAGGUCGUGAGGGAACAAUCCCAGCCAACUAUGUCCAGAAAAGGGAAGGUGUCAAAUCUGGGGGGAAACUGAGUCUCAUGCCAUGGUUUCAUGGGAAGAUAACACGGAAUCAGGCGGAGCAGCUGCUUUGCCCUCCUGAAACAGGCCUGUUCUUAGUGAGAGAGAGCACCAACUUUCCCGGCGACUACACCCUGUGUGUGAGCUGCGACGGCAAGGUGGAGCACUACCGCAUCAUCUACCACAACGGCAAGCUCUCUAUUGACGAGGAGGAGUAUUUUGAGAACCUCAUGCAGCUGGUUGAGCACUACACCAAAGACGCUGAUGGCCUGUGCACCAAACUCAUCAAGCCAAAGCUGGAGGAGGGGACAGUCGCUGCUCAGGAUGAGUUUUCCAGGAGUGGCUGGUCAAUGAACAGCAAGGACCUCAAACUACAGCAGGUUAUUGGAAAGGGAGAGUUUGGAGAUGUCAUGGUGGGAGACUACAGAGGGACGAAAGUAGCUGUGAAGUGCAUAAAAAAUGAUGCUACAGCACAGGCCUUUAUUGCUGAGGCUUCUGUCAUGACACAACUACGGCACGAUAACCUGGUGCAGCUGCUUGGAGUCAUUGUAGAGGAGCAUGGGACUCUGUACAUAGUAACUGAGUAUAUGGCCAAGGGCUGUUUGGUCGACUAUUUACGUUCCAGAGGACGAACAGUACUCAAUGGAGAUGCCCUCCUUAACUUUACACUAGACGUCUGUGAAGCCAUGGCGUACCUGGAGGCAAAUAACUUCGUCCACCGAGACUUAGCGGCUCGAAACGUUCUCGUGUCCGAAGACAAUAUCGCAAAAGUCAGUGACUUUGGUCUGACCAAGGAGGCCUCCUCCACUCAGGAUACUGCAAAGUUGCCUGUGAAGUGGACGUCACCAGAGGCCCUCAGAGAAAAGAAAUUUUCCACCAAAUCAGACGUUUGGAGCUAUGGUAUUUUGCUCUGGGAGAUUUAUUCUUUCGGACGAGUACCUUACCCAAGAAUUCCGUUAAAAGAAGUAGUGCCUCGAGUGGAGAAAGGAUAUAAAAUGGACUGUCCGGAUGGUUGCCCUGAAGUGGUGUACAACAUCAUGAAACAGUGCUGGAACCUGGAUCCUGCUGCUCGACCGAGCUUUCAGAUGCUGAAGGAGUGGCUACAACAUGUCAGCCAAGGGAUGGAAAAAAAACUGUGAGAGAUUCAACAGAGGAGAAACGAAAGGUGACUUUGAUCCUCUUUCAUUCUGACGACGUGGACCAUGACCGGGGAUGAAAUUAGUGAUGUCAUGGACUGUUUUAUAUGUCAACAACAAUAUGUUCGUCAUUGAUUGUUAAUUACGACUAUGAAAUGUAGGUUUCAUAGUGUCUCAGGUGUGUCAACCCGCAGUGACUCUGAGUUACUGCCUCACUUGCUCUCGCCUUCUUGUGCUCUGCGCAAGAGUGAAUGAUUUACACUCAUAUCGAUGAGUGCUGCCUUAAAGUCUCUUGACCUAUUUUUUAUUUUAUCAUGAGUUCAUUUUAUGAACAAGAACAUCAUCAUCUAGUUGACUGGAUCCACAGUAUGAGUUAAAGAGGAAAGAUGACGCCAAAUGCAAUUACUUGCUGUAUUAAUAUUUUUUUCUCUACAGUUUCCAGGUACACCUUUUGGCAUGAACUGUUGAAUGUUAAAUUGUAUUUCUUUGUGGUUUAGGUCAUCUUUAUCUUUAUUGUCCUGCAAGGGGACAUUUGUUGUGAAGAGUUUACAAAGAAACAAAAAAACGGAGGGAAAAAAAAGGGACACCAUCAAAUUUCACAAUAAAAACAUGUUUCAGCAAGUACAGAAAAUUCCUACUACUUACAAAUAUGCAAUAUAAAUACCAAUUUAAAAUCAGACAGCUUUUUUCUAGAAAAACAAGCAAACUGUUAAGCGCUGUUGAGUAUAUCGAUAGCACUUGGAAUGAAAGAAACAUGAAGUCUUUUUGUCCUCUGAAUAGACGCCCUGUAACAGUGACCUGACGGAUGAUCACAACAGUCCAAUAUCGCAUAAGCCCUCCGAUAUUUUUAUUUUGCCUAUUUUGGAAUCUCUCUGUAUGUCAAAGAAAGAAGCACAAGUUCGAAAUGUCACUUUUACUACUGAUAUACGACAUCAUUGAGCUCAGUCAUGUCAUCAUUUCCAUGUGUAUAUAUAUAUAACAGAGAACAAAUCAUUGACUUGUUGGAUUCAACCAAACCAUCUGGAGUUUGUAUGUAAUGAGAAAAGGACAAUGUUAAUACAUUUAAUAUGUUGCCAUU